UAACAGUACACCUAGAGAGAAUAGGAAGAGCCUAACGAGAAAAAAAUGCAAUCGGCGAAACAGAAGCUAAGCGAUAUGGCUAGUACCGCCAAGGAGAGGAUGGUGAUAUGUGAAGCAAGAGCUACUGAGAAGGCAGAGCAGGCGAUGGCACGUACAAAAGAGGAGAAAGAGAUAGCACACCAACGUCGAAAGGCCAAGGAAGCAGAGGCUAACAUGGAUAUGCACAUGGCUAAAGCUGCCCAUGCCGAAGAGAAGCUUAUGGCUAAACAGUCUCACUACCACGUUUCUCAAGGUCACAUGACUCAUCCCGCCCCUACGCCGGCUCCUGCGCCAGUCACAGGUCAUGGUUACCGGCAGAAUCCUCCCGGGGUCACAACUGUACCACCACCCGCGGCGUACCCUCCUCCUCCGACCGGGCCUCAUCAUCAUCCUUAUGGAAACGUUUAGUGACUUCUUUAUAAGUUUUUUAAAAGCUGGACUACUUUAGAAGUUAAAUUAGACGUUGAGACGACUUACUUUAUAAACGUUUUAAUUACUGAAGCUAUCAGUGAGCACGGAUCCUGAAGUCUGUACCUUCAGAUUCUAGGUUCGUGUCUAGAUAACUAUUACACGAUUUGGAUCGGUUUAUUAGUCAAAAGUAACAAAAUAAUUAAAUUAAAAAUAACUAAUACAAUUAAAAAGAUAUCGCAUGAUACGAAUCUUUGUAAUACGUACCAUUUAAAGAAGUGAUUUACCAGCGAACUUCCAUAUUUGCUAAUCUAUGAUUUUGAUAAAAUACAACAGAAUUUGGCAACUGAUCUUCUUCUUUUGAUCAAAAUAUGACAACUAAUCAAAACUUUGUAACUUAUGCCUUGUUACAAUGUGGAGGGCUUAUAGUGGGGUCCGGGCUCAUGAUAGGCCGAGCUUUCUACGGCCCAGGCGAGUAAAUAGCAACCCUAAUUACUAAUUAACAAUUUGACAUCUAAGACCAAAAACGCUAACCUAGGGAUAUAGGGGGCAUCAGUUCUUUCAGUUAACCGAAUUGACAAGUUUAAACUUUAAAUCGUCGCUUAACCGGUUUUCUUAUCCUAGCCUACUAUUAGUAAACAACGCUCCACCACUCAACAAACUCUAUUAGGUUAAAGCCGUACGCCGUUAUAUAUAUUGUUGCUCACUAAACAGAGCUCUGCAUCCGUCUCUAUUGAGCUUGCGAAGAAGCAACUUCAUAAUCGGUAAAGGUAGAUCAUAUACCUGUUCUUAAUAAAUCUUGAUAGUCCGUCUUAGUUCAAAUGAACUAUGAUGACUUGAUCUUAUAUCUGCAGGUGGGAUGGAAACGGAUCUCAGAGCACUGUACGUCUAUGCAGAUGUUCUCUACUCUCGUUUCGUUUUUGAUCUAUCUUUUCUUGAAAAGUUGCUGAAGAUUGUUUUAUGAGAGUAUUAUAAGUCACUGCGUUUGGUAAUCUGAGGUGUUGCUUUCCUAAACGAAGUGACUUAUAAUGAUCUCAUGAAUCGAUUUUUGCAAAGUCUUGAAGAGAGUAAAGGACGCAUGACGUACUGAGUAAUAAUAGAUUUAUCUUUUUUUUUUCUUAUGAUGUGCCAGUUUCUUUUUGUUUGGGUAAUGACAAGAUAAAUCCCAAGCAUCAUCCACCUUAUUAGCUUUGACAUGAACAAAAGCUUGUAAAAUGGAUGAUACUUGGGAUUUAUCUUUUUGUAGUCUCCUCUUCUUAAAGAGUUCUACAUCAUACACGACAAUGAUUUCAGGCUUGUGGAAGAAUGGUAUGCUUCUGUUUGUCGAUUUGUAAGCCAGAAACUUGAUAUUUUGCUAAGUGUUAGUUUUAACUGAAUCUUUACUCCCCAUUUCAUGUAUUAAUGGAACAAGGUUCUUUUUUUC